UUGAACUGCAUAGUAUAACCGUGCCUCAAAAAGACAAACAGAAAGAAAACACAGGUUGGGUGUCAACCACACAAACUGUUUAGUGGCCAAAGAGUGAAGAAGCAGGACUCUUGUUCACAGACCAGCCUCUCAGCCCCCAUGGGGCUCAGUGGGGAGUCCUGGACAAUGGGCAGCUGCCUUCGAGGGAGGAUAUUCAGAGGUUUGGGGAAAGGAGCAGCAGUUUCUAUGUUCUUCAUUUGUAGGGUCCCAAAGUGCUCUGUAUUCUUCCUUUGUAGGGUCCCCCUGGCAACAGUACCACCAUGGUAAUGGUGGGCAUGGCAUUCUGCCUUGAGAUAAAGCCGUGAAGUCUGAGGUCCAUUAGAAGUUUCUGAGCAACCGUUAUGGACCAACUUGGUCCUCCUGAGCAAAUUGCUGUGAAGACACGAGGUGUCACUCCCUAAAGACUUGCAGCCAAGUCACUUGCAGUCAGGACAGGGUUCGAAAGACAGUUGUGUAGAUAUUUUACUGGAUAAAACAGCCAGCCUAGGAAGGCCAAGGUGAGCCCUGCGUUACCCUGUGUUACCCUCAAGGGCACCUAGGCUUUUGGAGGGAGGCAGUUAUAUUGUGAAUCUAGAUGGGCAGCUCCUAGUGCAGUAGGUUGGAGAGCCCUUGGCCUGUUUGCGUAGGCAAGGAGCCAUUGGAGGCACAGGGCCAGUGCUGUGGAGGGUUAGGGAGGAGGUGCACGUCAGGGGAGCUCUAUGUGUGGGAAACGUAGAGGCUAGGGAGGAGGCUACAUUGCAGUGGGACAUAGUUGGGCUCAGAGCUGGCCUUGUGUAUGGUAUGUCUGUGCCCUGUGCACCUAUGCCUGGUAGAGCCAGGGGUGAUGCUUCUGAGAGAUUACCUCAUGGCCUACUUUGGGGAUUAAGGGACAGCCUCUCUGUGUUAGUGCCCUUCCUGUGAGACAGCCCCAAGGGAGGCUGUCAGAGCCCACCUCACUGGGCCCAGGUGUACCUUCCAGCACCCAGGCACCUCUUAGGGCACCCCCUGCCCACCUGGGUGCUCUCCCUGGGCUCACAUGGGGAUAGGCAGCAUCUCAAAUCUUGGAAGAGUACCCUUUGCUUGCAUCCUGCAAGGUGGAUGGCAGGACUGACUUCCUGUCCCCAGGGGAUUUGGCUCAAAGGGGUGGGUCCAGACUUGGCAGGGAUUACUGUCAGCCCUCAUUGCAGAGUUGCCACAGUGCUCAGGCUGACUAGAAGCCUCACCUCACAGAGUAGGUCCCAAUCUAGCAGGAGGUUCCACAAUGGGCUAGAGUUGAACAGUCCUGGACACAGCCAUGUUGCCUGGGUGGGACACCCCCUCCUUAGACCCAGCCACAUCCCAAGCAGCAGUACCUCGGGGAGCCAGCAUCCUGGCUCCUGUGUGGGAUGGUUCCUGGGCAGGCAUGGCAGGACCCAGGCCCGUGGUGUUGAGUGGCCCUUCAGGGGCCGGCAAAAGCACCCUGCUGAAGCGGCUUCUCCAGGAGCAUGGCAGCAUCUUUGGCUUCAGUGUGUCUCAUACCACAAGAGACCCACGGCCUGGCGAGGAAAAUGGCAGAGCAAGGCUGCUGUGCAGGCAGUGCAGGCCAUGAAUCGUAUCUGUGUGCUGGAUGUGGACCUCCAGGGCGUGCGCAACAUCAAGAAGACUGACUUGCGCCCCAUCUACAUCUCUGUGCAGCCUCCCUCACUGGCCGUGCUGGAGCAGCGGCUGCGGCAGCGCAACACCGAGACAGAGGAGAGCCUGGCAAAGCGGCUGGCCAUUGCCCGGGCAGAUAUGGACAGCAGCAAGGAACCUGGCCUGUUUGAUCUGGUGAUCAUCAACGACAACUUGGAUGAGGCCUAUGCACAGCUGAAGCUGGCACUGUCUGAGGAAAUCAAGAAAGCGCAGGGGCCAGGCCAGGCCUGAGGACCAGCAUCCAUAUCCCCAGCCUGAUAGCUCCAGGUGGAUCCUGGCUGGGUAGUGUAUGGGUCCUGCAGGGGCUAUCACAAGAUGGACAGAGCUGGACCUCUGAAGGCCACGUGAUAGCUUUGCCCCUCAGUGGACGUGAGCAGCUUCCCCACUGUGCUCUAAGGACCCUGAGGUGCUGUAGGUACCUCCUGUACCUUCCCUUUCCCCACCUCCUGCUGGAGCGGGCUGACUUCUGAAUAAAGUAAUUUUGGCUUAGUGUCA